AUGCACUUUGGAGUCCAGAUGCAGACCCCGGACCUGGAAAUCGCUCUUUCAACUAAUAAAAGUGAGGAGGACAUGCAGCACGGAGACGAUGUGUUCUUGAUCAUGUCAAAAUGUGCCCUGGACACCAAGACGACUAUUCUCCGGUCUGGAUUCAAAGCAGUCACCAUGAUGAUCUCCCUAGAACCUUUCGUCAUGCGCACUCCAUCUGUAUAUGGUAUUCAGUCAAUCCGCCAACCAUCGCAUUGUUCCUCUGCAUUCGUGACAUCCAACAACACGUUGCCGCUCGUCGAGGCCAGCCCCAUCUGGGGCAUCGGGUCCGCAGCGAAAGGCGCAGAACACACAAAAAACCGGGAGAACUGGGGCUUGAAUCUGCUGGGUGGGUGUCUGAUGGAGGUGCGGGAGCAGUUCCGGUGGGAGGAUGUGGAAAAGGGGGAGGAGGAUGGUGACGAUGGGGUGGAGGCAGAGGAGGAGGCAGGGUGA